UGUGAUUAUUUUCUACGGCUCUCAGCUCUCAGUUCAGCUGUUGUUAGAAUCUUCAAGUUAUCCCGCUCAUCUCCAAUAUGAACGUCACUCGCACAUGAAUUUGGGGGUACAAGCAUCUGCAAAUAAAAUAAGUCCUGUCGACUGCAACAUCCCCAAUUCACGGCUAAUAUAUGACCAUUCUGUUCCACGAACAGUGUCAUCGAACGUUAACGAAACCCAAAAUGCCUAUCCCCACCCAUUUCUCUCGAUGUCAUUCGUGCCAAUAAGAUACGACCUACGCUUCCCGCAUACAUCCCUCGCCUUUCCGUUGUCAUCUUUAUAUGCAGGCUGCGGGUACGAGCUACUCUUCGUCCCACUCACCCCAGAACGGCCUAGACAGAUACGGCUCAUCAGCCCAGACUUUCCCUGGACAUUUGACAUCUGUCCUGACCCCGGUGCUGGAGAAGAGGGCGUGACGUGUCUUGAUGUUCUCGCUACCCUGCAUGCUGCAUUGCAGCACCCACUCACGGACACUGAGUGGGGCACCGCUGGACAUGAUAGGCGCGCGAGUCUUAUCAGAGCACGUGAUCGUCGCCCAAUGAUACAACCUGCAUUGCAGGGGGGCUCGAAUUCUGCGGCACGCACCAGGCCAACAGUGAGAUUUGCACCCAGCGCAUUAGUACCAAAUCAUAUCUCCAUGCAGCGGGAGAGGUUACUGCUCCGUGUCGAUUGGCUUGGAUCUCGUGUUGCGUUCGCGGGGCUUAUGAAAGAUGAAGCAUUUGCAAGGAGCAGACUCUUUCCGGGUGGUGGGAAGCCACCUGAGACUUGGGUGGUGAAAUUUCAUAGGUUAUGAUUUUGAAUAUUGAAAGUGUACGAACAUAUUUACUGGUCAAUUGCAUUGAUAGUUGCGAAGUUGAGUGAAAGUAAAACUUAUAGACUGGGGUUUUUGUCUGUGUGUG